AAGCGAAAAGAAUGGAAAAAAUUCUCUGUGUGCUGUGUCAUUAGUUCUUGGUUGCUGCUCGUUCGUUUCUGUUCUGUUCAUAUAUAUUUUUUUUUGUAUUUUUUUUAUCGUACUGCCAAGGAAAAAAAUGAAGAAAUUGUGGAGGAAAAGUGUGGCAUAGAGAGCGGCGCGUGCGAGCCAAAAAAAGCAAAGCAAAAAAAAAAAAAAAAGGACAAGUUGCAAGGAAGCGAGUCGGCAAUUGUUGCAUAUUUCCUCUGACAACAACUCGAGUCUUCAACUUUUUUUUUUACUGUGUAUCGCAUAUGCAAAUGUAUUAUUAAAUAUAUAUAUAUUUAAUUGUUGUUCUUUUUUUUCUUGUUGUUGUUGUUGUUCUUUUCCUAAACUGCAGUGCGAAAGUGAAGGGUGGAAAACGCGUUAAAAGUAAUCAAGAAAUUACAAGAAAUUACACAAAAAAAAAAGAAAGAAAAGAAAAUAAGUAAAAAUAAAUCCAAAAAAAAAAGGAAAAGCGAAAUUAAAUUAAAUGUUGGAAAAAGAAGAGUGAAGACAACGAGACAACAAAAUAAAGCAGGAGACGCAGCAGAGACGCGAACAAACAUAAACAAAAGUGAUAAACAAACAGAGAAAGAAGCAAAAAGAAAAAAAACAAACAAACAAGCAAAUAAACAAACAGUAAACAGGAAAAACCGAAAGAGCAAAGGCAAGAGGAAUACAUUAUUAUUAUUAUUCACAUAAAAAGCAAUCAAAAAAAGCAACAGCAACAAAAGUGCCAUAUGCAACCGAUAAGACUGUGUGAAGUGGUCAAGUGGUCAACAGCAACAGCAACAUCAAGCGACAGCAGCUGCCAUAACAACAACAACAACAACAACGAGAACAACAACAACAACAACAACAACAAGUGAAGCUGUAUUUGCAAUUCUUGACAUUGAAAUUGUCGUCGCGUUCUCCGUGUGUGUGCGUGUGUGUGUGUGCGUGAGUGUGUGAGUGCGUGUGCGUGAUUAGUGCUUGCGUGUGUGUGUCAGUGUGUGUGUGUGUGAAUGUGCGUGUGUGCUCGUGUAUUUUAGAGAGUAAUCAACUCAAAAUGGCGGCCGGCCAGCGCAGUCGAAAUGCAGCGCUGCUCAGCGUUCUCCUUGUCGCCUUCGUCGCCGUCGUUGUCGCCUCCUCCUCCACCAUCGGCUCAGUCACCGUCAACGUCAACGUCAUCGCGGCGAUGCAUCUGUAAGCGAAUGCGUAGAGAUCGAGUCCAGGAAGCACGCCCAAUAGCACAUUGUAGAAGGCGAGUCGACUAACUUCAUUCAACAGUCGAGUGCAGCAGGUGUUCGAGGUGCAACCAUCGGCAAUAGAAGCAACAUUCAACAGGAACAGGAGCAGCCAACAAGCAACACAACCACAACCACAAAACAUAACAGCAACAACAACAACCACAGCAACAACAACAACCACAAACACAAACAGAGUCAUCGCAAGACGGCGACGCGGCGUUGCAAGUAGGCAGCCAAAAUGCCUGGCGGACGACGCGGACUGGUUGCGCCACAGAACACAUUCCUCGAGAACAUAAUACGGCGUUCCAACUCGCAGCCGGACAGCUCGUUUCUAUUGGCCAACGCACAAAUCGUCGAUUUUCCGAUCGUCUACUGCAAUGAGUCCUUCUGUAAGAUCAGCGGCUAUAAUCGAGCCGAGGUCAUGCAGAAGUCGUGCAGGUAUGUAUGCGGCUUCAUGUACGGCGAGCUGACAGACAAGGAGACGGUGGGAAGGCUGGAGUACACGCUGGAGAAUCAGCAGCAGGAUCAAUUCGAAAUAUUGCUCUACAAGAAGAACAAUAUACAAUGUGGCUGCGCCCUCUCGCAGUUCGGCAAGGCACAAACUCAAGAAACGCCGCUAUGGCUGCUGCUUCAGGUGGCGCCCAUACGCAACGAAAGGGAUUUGGUUGUGUUAUUUCUUUUGACGUUUCGGGAUAUAACGGCUCUGAAGCAGCCCAUCGACAGCGAGGAUACCAAAGGUGCAGUUAAUCUAUUCCUUCCAGUUUUAGGUCUAUCGAAAUUCGCCAAGUUGGCACGAUCUGUAACACGCAGCCGGCAAUUCAGCGCACAUUUGCCCACGCUGAAGGAUCCCACAAAGCAGUCGAAUUUGGCGCAUAUGAUGUCGCUGAGUGCCGAUAUUAUGCCACAGUACAGACAGGAAGCGCCAAAGACGCCACCACACAUACUCUUGCAUUAUUGUGCAUUUAAAGCAAUCUGGGACUGGGUGAUAUUGUGUUUAACAUUUUAUACCGCCAUCAUGGUGCCAUACAAUGUAGCGUUUAAAAAUAAAACCUCUGAGGAUGUUUCCCUGCUCGUUGUGGACUCAAUAGUCGAUGUUAUCUUCUUUAUAGAUAUUGUGUUAAACUUUCACACCACUUUUGUGGGCCCGGGCGGCGAAGUGGUCAGCGAUCCAAAGGUUAUACGCAUGAACUAUCUAAAGUCAUGGUUCAUCAUUGAUUUAUUAAGCUGCCUGCCCUACGAUGUCUUCAAUGCCUUCGAUCGCGACGAGGACGGCAUCGGUUCGCUGUUCAGUGCUUUGAAAGUGGUUCGUUUACUGCGUCUUGGUCGCGUCGUUCGCAAACUCGAUCGCUAUCUGGAGUAUGGGGCCGCCAUGCUGAUACUGCUCUUGUGCUUCUACAUGCUGGUGGCGCAUUGGCUGGCCUGCAUUUGGUACUCCAUUGGACGCAGCGAUGCCGACAAUGGCAUCCAAUACAGCUGGCUGUGGAAACUGGCGAAUGUGACGCAAUCGCCGUAUUCGUAUAUCUGGAGCAACGAUACGGGCCCCGAGCUCGUCAACGGUCCAUCCAGAAAGAGCAUGUAUGUGACAGCUUUGUACUUCACCAUGACCUGCAUGACUUCGGUGGGCUUCGGCAAUGUUGCAGCGGAGACAGACAACGAGAAGGUGUUCACCAUCUGCAUGAUGAUCAUUGCAGCUCUGCUGUACGCAACGAUCUUCGGUCAUGUGACAACGAUCAUACAACAAAUGACUUCGGCCACCGCCAAGUAUCAUGACAUGCUGAACAAUGUGAGGGAGUUUAUGAAACUGCACGAGGUGCCCAAGGCGCUAAGCGAACGCGUCAUGGACUAUGUUGUCUCUACGUGGGCCAUGACCAAGGGUCUCGACACCGAGAAGGUACUAAACUAUUGUCCGAAAGAUAUGAAGGCUGACAUAUGUGUUCAUCUAAAUCGCAAAGUAUUUAACGAGCAUCCAGCAUUUCGUCUGGCCUCGGAUGGUUGUCUGCGCGCAUUAGCCAUGCACUUUAUGAUGUCCCAUUCGGCGCCGGGGGAUCUGCUCUAUCACACCGGCGAGAGCAUCGAUAGCCUCUGCUUCAUAGUCACCGGCAGUCUGGAGGUUAUACAGGAUGACGAGGUUGUGGCAAUAUUGGGCAAAGGCGACGUCUUCGGCGAUCAAUUCUGGAAGGACUCGGCCGUGGGCCAGAGUGCCGCCAAUGUGCGUGCGUUGACCUAUUGUGAUUUGCAUGCCAUCAAACGUGAUAAAUUGCUCGAAGUCCUCGAUUUCUAUUCGGCAUUUGCGAAUAGCUUUGCACGCAAUCUGGUGCUCACCUACAAUCUCAGACAUCGACUGAUUUUUCGCAAGGUGGCCGAUGUGAAGCGCGAAAAAGAAUUGGCCGAACGGCGUAAGAACGAGCCGCAAUUGCCCCAGAAUCAGGAUCAUCUCGUUCGCAAGAUCUUCUCCAAGUUCCGACGGACGCCGCAAGUCCAGGCGGGCAGCAAGGAGCUCGUCGGCUCUGGCCAAAGUGAUGUCGAGAAAGGCGACGGCGAGGUGGAGCGUACCAAGAAGCUACCUGCUAAACUAACAUUAACCGAGGACUCACGCAUCCUAACAACCGCCGCCGUACCCUCACCAUCGCCAUCACCCUCGCCCUCAUCGGGUCCACCAUCUGCACGUAGUACCCGUGCUAGCAAAUGGGGACGCCUUCUGGGCAGUUCAAGUGUCGAUUCAGCUAGCGAUACUAGCGCCAAGGUAGCCGUCUCGAGAAGUUUGAGCGCCCGCGAAAGUCUGCGUGAGAGCACUGCCCAAGCGAGGCAGAGUAGUACUUCGAGUAGCAAUGGUGGACAAGGCAAUAAACAUUUACAAUUAAGCAAAGUAUUUCCCAAGGCGCCCAAGCUGCAGGCAAGCCAGGCGACUCUCGCCCGCCAGGACACCAUUGACGAGGGUGGCGAGGUGGACUCCUCGCCCCCCAGCCGCGACAGUCGUGUGGUCAUCGAUGGCGGCGCCUCAUCGAAUGCGCCGCCAAAUGCGACAGCGGCCACAACGCCUGGCACAUCGGUUGCUGUGGUUGGUGCCACGGCACAGACGGGGACGGGAGCCGGGAUCGGGAGUGGAAGCGGGAGUGCAGGAAAGGAACGAAAUUUGGCAUUGGAACGGGAGCGACAAAUCGAGAUGGCCAGCUCGAGGGCAACCACAUCGGACACGUAUGAUACGGGGCUGCGUGAGACGCCGCCCACGCUGGCACAGCGCGAUCUCAUUGCCACCGUGCUGGACAUGAAGGUGGAUGUGCGGCUGGAGUUGCAGCGCAUGCAGCAACGCAUUGGCCGCAUUGAGGAUCUGCUGGGUGAGCUGGUCAAGCGGCUGGCGCCGCAGGUCGAUAGCAGCGGCCAGACAACGCCUGGCGACGAGAUCUGUGCGGGUUGCGGUGCGGGCGGCGGCGGCGGCGUAGCAGCUGCUGGGAUCAUCAUGGCAGCUGGCACGCCGACAACAACACCUGCGCCUGCGAUCACAACGCCCGUGGACACUGUGAUAACCAUCUCAUCGCCGACAGCAGCCACACCAGGAACAGGAAUAGGAACAGGAACAGGAGCGACAAGUGCAAGUGGAGCUGGCGCUGCCAGCGGUCUACUAAAUCCAAGUGUCCAAGUUGUGUCGAGCGCGGGAGGCAACGGCCUGGGGCCGCUGAUGCUCAAAAAGCGACGCUCGAAGAGCAGGAAAGCACCGGCGCCUCCUAAGCAGACACACGCGACGCCAACGGCCACAGUGGCUGGAGGAGGAGCUGUUGGAUCUGCAACCGCAACUGGAUCUGGUACGACAAGCUCGACAGCGUCAGCCUCAGCCUCAGUCCCAGCCACAGCCUCAGCAGCUGGCACGGUGGCAGCCACAACCAGUUCGGUGGCUGCUGCCGAAUUGUUACAUCUGCGUCUGCUCGAGGAGGAGUUCACAGCAGCACAGCAGCUUCCGUCAAGCGUCAGCGUGAUCGCAUCGCCGACGGCGACGACGACGCCGCCAGCAGCAGCAGCAGCAGCAGCAACAGGAGCGGGAACGCCGACGACAACAACAACGAGCGCGGCAACAACACCGACCGGCAGCGGUCGCAGCAGCGUGAAACGGGAGUUUCUCUAGCCAAAGAUUUUGGUGCGCCAUCAGUCGGCGGAUAGCAGCAGCUUCGAGCAAUAAAACUGAGCCGCAAUCGUGGCCAUUCUUCUGAGUUUGCCUACGCAUACGCUUAGCUAGUCCUAGUCUCUAACUGUAACUGUAACUGUAACUGUAACUGUAAACCGUAACUGUAACUGUAACUUGUAACUUGUAACUAAUGGAUACUAUGAUAAUAUAACUAUUACUAUAUAGGGACAUAUGCCUGCAUAACUACAACUGCAACUAAUUUUAGAUACACAUACGAUCUCUGUUCGUUCGUAGGUGUCUUUCUCUCUAUCUCUCUCUCUCUCUCUCUUUCUUUCUCUCUGCCUUUUGUAUCAUGCCUAAGCCCGCCUCUUUUUCACUCUACCUCGCUCAAACACACACACACACCCACUCUCCUUUAAGUAACGCGUGCACUUAAGCUCCCUUAGCCCCCCUUACCCCUGCCCACCAUACAGGCAAAGUUUUUGCUACUCUCUUUCACUCGCUCUCUCUUUUUCUCUUUCUCUCUCUCUGAAGUAUGUUUUUGAUGGAUGCUAAGGAUUCAUAAUUAUGAUAUUGUGUGUAUUUUAAGGCAAAGCAUAUUGCUUACGAAUUUGCUACAUUUACUGCAAUUAUUUACCUUUAUAUACGAAACAAUUACAAAAAUACGAGUAUUGUAGUUGACGAGAAGACGAGAAUGACGACAUCUGCGACGGCGACGGCGACUUGGACGGCGACAAACUAACUAGUUAUAUA